AUUUCCAAUUAAAGAACAAUGCCAAUGGACUGUACCAGAUUGAAUUUUAUACUCAAUUUUAUUAAUAUUUAUAGUACUUGUACUAUUCUCCUUAUUUCAUUUUCAUUUUUUUGCCACUAGCAAAAUUUGCACUGUUUUUUAGACAAAGAGAGAAACGCCGCUCCACCUCUCCUAUUUCUCUCAUCUCAAAAGUUGGUACUCAAUUUUACACUAUCCCCCAAAAAUCACUCAACCCAGAAAAACCAAUUCAACCAAAUUCACUCAUACCCACUUCAUUUUUCUCAUGAAAAAACACACCAAAUUCUUCAAAUUUCAGCUUUUUUACCAAAAACCCACUUCCCAUUUUCCUUCCAAAACCUAAGAUUUAAGCAAAAAACCCAGAGAAUUUUACAUAAAAGAAAAUGGGUUAUUAUUCAUUCAUUCUUAUUCUGCUAAUUUUCACCAUUUUAUACCAAACCCAGUUUUCCAAAUCUGCCCCUGAUUACACUACUCUGGUUUACAAAGGUUGUUCUAGACAACCCAUUUCAGAUCCAUCUGGAAGUUAUGCUCAAUCUCUUUCUUCCUUAUUUUCAUCUCUUCUUCAACAAUCUUCAAGAUCCAAGUUCUAUAAAUCAACUUCAGGUGGUUCACAAUCAUCAAUUUCUGGGUUAUUUCAAUGUAGAGGUGAUUUGAGCAAUGCAGAUUGCUACAAUUGUGUUAGCAAACUUCCUCAAUUAUCAGACCAAUUAUGUGGUAAAGUAACUGCAGCAAGAGUACAAUUGUUAGGUUGUUAUAUGUUAUUUGAAGUAUCAGGGUUCACCCAGAUUUCUGGUAUGCAAAUGUUGUUCAAGGAUUGUAGUCGCACCAAUGUUGCCGGUGCCGGGUUCGAAAUGAAGCGAGAUAGCGCGUUAACUGUAAUGGAGAAUGGUGUUGCGAGCAGUGGGGGUAAUGGGUUUUAUACAACGAAUUAUCAAGCUGUUUAUGCUUUAGGGCAAUGUCAAGGUGAUCUUAGUAGUACUGAUUGUACUCAAUGUGUUAAGGCAGCUGUUCAAAAGGCUCAAAUUGAAUGUGGGAGUUCAUUGGCUGGACAAGUUUAUUUGCAUAAGUGUUUCAUUAGCUAUAAUUAUUAUCCUAAUGGGGUUCCUAAAUCGUCUACGUCGUCUUGGUCCGGAGGUUCUCCAGGGUCAGGGCAAACUACCGGAAAAACUGUUGCUAUAAUAGUAGGAGUAACAGCUGGUGUGGCAUUCUUAAUUAUAUUGGUACUCUUUGUAAGAGGGUUGAAGAAGAAGGAUGAUGAUUUUUGAGGAAAACAGCUGGUUGAAGAAACAAAUUCUUGUUUUUCUUAAAAGGUGGGAAGAACCAAAUUUUUGUGAAUUUUUGUUUACCAAGGGAAGGUAUUUUUCAUUUUGUUUGGUGGAUUAAUUAAGGGCGAGAAUUGUAAAAUUCCCUUCUUUUUUUUUUGUAGUCAGAAAAACAACUGAAUUAUUCAGUACAAAUGGUAAGAACAAAGGUUCAUUCAGCCAUUCAGGCAUAUUGAAUGUUUUUUGUCAUUGUCAUUCAAGAUGCCAUUUAAAAAAAAAAUAGAGAUGGGAUAUAUUGAAAAAGUUCUUUGGCACUCUGUUUUCUUAUUGGCAUGUCACAUGUGACUCAUUUUCUUUUUCUUUAGGUUUCGCGUAAAGAUCCUUUAUUCCA